AUGCCGGAUUUCAAGACUCCUGGUAGAAGAAUCAGCGAUGUCAAAUGUUACGAAUAUAUUUGGCAGUUAAAAAUGCGAAACGACCAAGCAGAAAUGCAGGAAGAAUGCAGGGAGUUCAAAUCCAGGGGUAUAUCGUCCUAUAUAAUUGGAGGCCAUUUUACAUUUUCUGGAGACUUCCCAAAUAUGGGCGCCAUCGGGUGGAAAGCGGUUGUUGGAACGUGGAAGUUUAUGUGCGGCGCUACGCUGAUCAGCAACAAUUUUGUGCUGACCGCUGCUCACUGCUCUCGUGCAUCAGGACGUGACACAACAAUUGCUGACGUCACACCCAAAAUUGUUAGGCUCGGAGAUAAGAACAUUUUGGAUAGUGACGGUGACGAUAGUACCAAACCAUACGAUGCGGAUAUAAUCAAAAUUAUAAGUCAUCCUAAUUAUAAAUCACCAAAACAGUACUUCGAUAUUGCGUUGAUGGAGUUGGGCCAAAAGCUGACGUUCAGGAUAGACCUCCAACCUGCUUGUUUGUGGACGAGAGAGAAUAUCACUCUGUUUGGACAGGAUGCACAAGUGACCGGCUGGGGUGUUGUAGACUCAGGUGCUACAACAACAUCGCCGGAGCUUCUAGCUGCUACAGUAGACAUCAUAGACUCGAAGGAGUGUGAUAGGCUACUGAACAGCUCAUUCAACAGGAACUUCCACGGUCUGAAGGAUCACCAGCUGUGCGCUGGCAAGUUAAAAGGGGGAGCUGAUUCUUGUCAAGUAAGUCAUGCAUUCAUUGAUUCCAUCUAUACUUUUUUUUCUUCCCUCCAGGGUGAUUCCGGCGGCCCCCUUCAAGCGAAGAUACCGCUACCCGUUCUGAACCAAGGCACUAUGCAUUACGUCAUCGGCGUGACGUCAUUUGGUGUUGGCUGCGGAAGACCAGGGUUCCCAGGAGUUUAUACCAGAGUAUCAAGUUUCGUAGAUUGGAUUGAAGGCAUCGUAUGGCCGAAUUCUUAGAGAAAAUGUUGAUGCCCUAAGAUUGAAGCAGGCGCAGCGAAAUAUAGGAAAAGAGAGUGUGAUAACUAAUCAAAACUGUAAUUAAAACAAAAAUUUAAACAAUUUGCUCAAAAAGUUUUUCAAACUUCAGAAAAAAAGACCUGCCACUUAAAGAAGAAAACCAACGUGCUGAUUUAUAAAAAAAAAACGCUAUCGUGUUGUUUUUUUCCUUAUCUUUUCUAAAAGUAUAUACGGCUUAACUAACGAAGAUAUUUUGUGUUUCCAACUUAUUUCGGACA